AUGACGGACCGGCUACACACUCCACCCGAUUCACGGGUGAUGCAAAACCAGCCGACCUCCCUCGACCUUGAUGGCGAGGAAGUGGCAGCAGACGUUGAUGAGCCCCCUGACGAAACACUGCAAAUUACCCCUCGGCCGAAUCACCACCUACACGAAGUCAAGGAGUUCCAGAAGAGCGAAACGCGGGGCUGUACGGCGCAGAAGUCCUUAUUGACUCGCAUUCUCCACGAACCCGAAUCCCAGGACGAUUACGAUCCUCCGGCUGCGCGAUUCACCACCCUCACUCGCGGCUUGUCGCAGGUGUCGAAUUGGAGUAAUCCGAGCACGACGUCAACGGCAGAGUUGACGAGUGACGGGAACCUGACAUCUCCUGGGUCUCGUGCAAACACCCCGAGCCCCCCAAUCCCCACUCUGAACGUCCAUGCACUCCCUGGUUCGACGAAACAGAUCCGCCACGAACAUAUCACGGUCAACGACCAUCGCGGGGGGCCCAUCCUGUUACCUUCGAAUCGUGUCCGCAUCGCUGAUGACAGCGAGGAGAAGGUGGCUGCAGGACUUGGACGAAGACGGUGCAUCAAAUUCGCAUGUGGAAAGAAUGAUGCCCCGAAGGUCGAAGCAAAUGUUGUAGCGACGGAGUCGGGAGCAAAAAGCGAACUUCAUCAUCCGCAACCACGCAAACCAAGUACGAUCCGAUUCGGCGCAUGCCCGAUUCGCGACACCAAGCCAGCCGCAACCGAAUCGAAACCUCCCCAACGUCGUCUGCCCAGCCCCCCACCGCCACCGUCAUCCCGUCGUCGCAUCGCGUCUAAGGAGAAGGAUGGUGAACGAUCACAUCGCGGCUCCGACGCGACUGUGACGGGCGUAUCACCUCAGACGAGUCGCAAGCCUACGCCACUUGCCUUGCAGCCUAAACCAGGUCACGAGUUCAGCGAAGACAACACUUCGGAUUUGAAUCGAUCGGAGGCUUGCCGGUUUCAUGAGUUCGCUAGCUCAGAUGACGAAGUGGAUGACUGGGCGCAGGAAUCGACAUGCCAUCGCAGACCGUUGACGGUCAAUGACACUCUGAAAGUCGAAAAUGGCUUCAGGAGGAUUAUUGAGGAAGUCGAGGAAGAAGAAGACGAGGAUGACGAGGAGGAACUGGAUGAAGAUGAGGAUGGAGACGAUGACGAGGAUGACGAUGAAGCCGAUGCUGUUAUCAGCUCGUAUGACGACUCCGACUCGGAUGAUGGGUUCAAGUCCGACGAUGAGCACGGUUUCGCGUCGGAGGACGAUGAUACGGUUAGCGAAGCCGGCUCUGAUUUUGCUUGGUGGAACCCAGGUCGCACUACGGCGUCAACAUCGGUAGUGGAGCAUCCUCCGACCGCAUUUGACAGGCGUACGGGCAGCGUUUCCGCAUCAUCCAUAUCGUCACGCCCUGUCUCCCCGACCGUGAUGCCAAACCACAGGCAUAAGAAGGCAAUCUCUAUUCGUCCCACGUCUCCCGAGCUUCCUGAUUCAACCGAUUUCGUCUGCGGCACCCUCGACGAAGACCGCCCCCUUGAAGAGCGUUAUUUGGAGCAUCUCCGGAAGUCUCACCGGGCUUCUGCCGUCGAUAUUGACCCAACGUUCCCCACUUCAGAUCCGGAACUAGACGAGUCCGACAAUGAGGACAUUAGAUCUGCCCCUGAUGAAUCCGAUGCUUGGGUUCAGGGUGCCAUGGACGACAUCGACUCUCACUCUCCGCACAGGAAGGCGUACCAGAUGAACAAGAAGGGGUCACGACGGUCUCCACCACCGCCUCCUCGUCGUGGGCGUUCUCCUCCACCGGCGAAGCGAACCACCACUGGGCAACAUCAUCGCUCCCCGCCGCCACCCCGCAAACUCUUCGGCCACUCUCCCCGCCGUCUCCACUCCCCGCCUCCCCACCGUCUUCGCAGCCCACCCCCGACCCGGCGUGGCUCGCUGAACAAGGUCCCCCAAUAUAACCUGGGGGCCGACGCUCUGCAGAUCCCGGGCACGCCAUCCGUCCUGGGUGAACGCAAAGUGACUUACGCUAGCUCUCUCCCCCGUCGCUUGUACUACGGUCCAAGGGCGUUCCCCUUCGCAGAAGCAGCCAGCCGACGCGUCCUCACCCCGGCCAUCGAAGUGGAUGACCCCGACGAGGAUGGCGACGGCGAGGUCGACGACGCACACGACACAUCCCGCAAGCGCGCCGUCGUGACCCGCCGCCCGGCCAUCGACAUCGUCAAGGGACUGGAAGCCAAGCGCGCCCGCCGUCGCGAAAAACUGCUGCAGAAGUGGCAGAACCGUCCGGAGAAGGAGAAGGAGAAGGACCGCGAGCGGGAGCGGAAGCUGUGCCAGGGCCGUGGCGUGGAGCGGAUGCGCGCUGUGGGGCUGGGGUGCAUGGGGAAGAAGGGCGCGUGGUUCAACGGGUUCAACGGCCUGCAGCAAGUAUGGGAGAAGGAGGGCGACGGGUUCGUGAUGUCGGUCUAG